AUGACUGAGGAAGUGAGCGGAGACUGGCUGAGCUGCUUCCCGGAGAACUUCUCCUCCCUCGAAAUCCUUAACUUCGCCAGCCUCAGCGGUGAAGUCAGCUUCGAUGACCUGGACAGGCUCGUCAGCCGGUGCAAAUCCCUGAGGGUCCUGAAAGUCAACGAGACUGUCACGUUGGACCAGCUGCUGAGGCUCCUCGUGCACGCUCCUAAGCUGACGGUGCUGGGGACUGGCUCGUUCACGCAGGAACUCACACUCCGCCAGUGUGAGGAAAUCGAGACAGCUUUUCUUAACUGUAAGAAUCUGCAGGUCCUCUCUGGACUGUGGGAAGCCAAUGCCCUCUAUCUGCCUCUGGUGUAUGGAGCUUGUGGUGGACUGACUUUCUUGGACCUCACGAAUGCCCCCAUCGAGAGUAACGAAUUCGAGAAGCUUCUGUCUCACUGUCCUCACCUACGGCGCCUCUGGGUCGUGGACUCGGUACAAGACGAAGGUCUCGAGGCCGUGGGCCCCAACUGCCCGUUCCUCGAGGAGCUUCGCGUCCUCCCUUCCGACCCCUACAACCAAGAAAACCUCGAGGGCGUGUCCGAAACGGGCCUUUUAGCAGUCUCCCGAACCUGCCCUCGACUCCACUACAUUCUCUACUUCUGCCACCGCAUGACAAAUGCCGCCGUUGUCUCGGCAGUCCAAAGCUGCCCGGGCUUCACUCACUUCCGCCUCUGCAUAAUGACCCCUCGUCAGCCCGACUACGUUACGGGCCUCCCCAUGGACGAGGCCUUUGCAGCAGUCGCCAAGACCUGCACGGGCCUCAAGCGCCUCUCGGUUUCGGGCCUUUUGACCGAUAUGACCUUCGAGUAUAUCGGGAAGUAUGCUAAGAAUUUGGAGACUUUGUCCGUGGCGUUUGCUGACGGGACAGAUUGGGGAAUGCAGUGCGUGCUGGAGGGUUGCCCGAGGCUGAGGAAGCUCGAGAUAAGGGAUAGUCAGUUUGGGAAUGCGGCUCUUUUGGCGGGCCGGGAGAAGUACGGGUCGAUGAGGUCUCUUUGGAUGUCGGGCUGCUUGGUAACGCGCGACGGGUGCCGGGAUCUGGCGGUUGCCAACCCGGGGCUUAACGUGGAGGUUAUUAUGGACGAGUAUGAGAUGGGCCACGCGGAGGUGGUUAUUGUGUACCGCACGGUGGCCGGGCCCAGAAAGGAUGCUCCGUCUUUCGUCCUCACACUUUGA